GAAAUUCCUAUGCUGAACUGGAAGGCCGAUAGAUUCUUUCAUGCACGCAAGUUGAACGAAUUGGUUUUCAAGGACAAUGAUGAUGUGGAAGAUGAAUCUGAGAAUGACAACUUGGAUGAAGAAGUUCAGGACAAGGGUUUCAAAGCCAAAGUGAUUGAUGAGAUUCAAGCGCUCCGGGAGCAUGUGGCAGCUUUGGAAAGCAGGUUGAAGUUGAUGGAAGACAGAUUCAGAGAACAGGGUGGGGUGCCAGAGAAGGAGACUGAGGUUGGUCCGGAGCAUGUGACUUUGGACAUGGAAGUUGAUGGUCAUGAGCAGGAGGCUGAUGUACUUUGAUGUCUUCUUGUGUGUAUAUUUCGGACAUUGUGUGUUAAUACAAAGCUUCUGCAAGUUAGUUCUCAACAUAAAGACGAAGUUGACUGUAGCAUAGGCGUUCAUGCAGAAGCAGGAGUACAGGA